AAAUGCCUUAGUUACUUCACGCGCGCUCUGUUGGUAGGACGCUUUCGCCGUUCGUUCCGCGAAAAUUAUUGUGAACGUGAUAUAUCGUGCCGCACGCUCGACUAUGUUCGUGGACACGAUUUAGGAGUUCCGCUUGGAUACCGACUUGAUAACUCACAGACUCAGAAUAUCGAGCGGGUGUUGGUGAACUCGUAGCGCUCUCUGUCGGCAUCCGCGCGCAGUCGAGUGCGCGGGGCGCGGGGCGGGCGGCUUCCUCCCCCUACUUCAGUUUUGGCUGUGACACGGUGAAGGGAGGACGUAUCGCUGCGUGUGGCUAAACAGGAUCGUUCGCGCGGCAACUUUGAACAGUGACAGUGCUGAAAGAGUGUUUCGACGGAGGAUGUCCCUCGGAUUGCAGUGCGCUAUCAAACGGAUGCAGUGCUAGGAUCACACAUAUUGGAUUGCAGUGUUUUUAAUUUGGAUUUGGACUCUCAACCACCGACCAAACUGGGGAUGCACAAAAUGGAACUGGGCGACAGCGUUUACGCCGCCGAGCGUAUCAUGAAGAAGAGAAUUAGAAAGAACAAGGUGGAAUACUACGUGAAAUGGAAAGGGUGGAAACCAAAGCACAACACCUGGGAGCCGGAGGAGAACAUACUGGACCCGAGGCUGAUACAGAGCUUCGAGCGAGGAGAAGAACUCAGGCGGCAAGGGAGGAAGCGCGAGCGCGAGCACUCGCCGGUGGAGCGCGCGCGCAGUGGCUCUGAGGAGCGCCAGCCUCCGCCCGGCAAGCGCAAGGCCGAGGUCCUUUCCAAGGAGUCAGGCAAGAUCGGCGUCACCAUCACCAUGAGCCCACCAGCGAAGCGACACGAUUCCACUAAAGUCAACGGGGGAAGAACGCCACAAGUGACUUUACCCACUCCGCCGCCCGCCGCGACGCCUGGUGGUGCUCCGGCCCCCGCCUCGCCCGCCGCUGAGGCGGCCGCUCCUCGGACAGGCCCGAGAAGGGCACCGCAUUCACCUGAAGAAGCGGAUACUCACAUUCCCCCUGAACGCGAACGUCGCACUGACUCGCAGCCUACGGCGACCGCACCAGCAGAGCCGAAGGGUGCCCGACCACCUCCAGUCGCACCGCAACCUGAGGACGAGGACUCGUGGGGCGAGCCCCCAGUGACGGUAGCGCCGCCGCCCCCGCCCGCGACGCGACGAGGCGCUGCGUACUGGAUGGCGCGCUCACCUGUCGCUGAUCAGAUCUUUAUCACCGACGUGACAGUGAACCUUCAAACCGUCACAAUAAGGGAGUGCCGUACUGAGAAGGGAUUCUUCCGACCUCGUGAAUCCCGACCACUGGACGUGACGUAAGGCGGCGCCGCUGAGUGAACUGUGUACCUCGGAAUUUGUACAGUUAGUUAGCUAGUAUUUAUUUAGUUACGACAAAGUGUUAAGAUCCUUGGGAACGCCCCGAGUCCUCGGUUAGGCCUAAAUUAACAAUAGUGUAACGUCUAAGUAUGUUGACAUUGUUAAAAUAUAGUUAUAGUUUGUUGAAAAUGUUACGGAGACUUUCAAAUUAUAUAAAUUAAUACAUAAAUAUAUUACAACCCGAGCGAAUUUAAAAGUCUGUAACGUUUGUGACGUACUAUAAUUAAGCAGGACCAUGAAGUCAACACGCCGACAAAAUUAUUGUCAAUUGUUAAAAUUUAGAUACUAUAUUUUAUAUGUUGAAUUUGUGACAAACGAAAUGUACCUCCGUAUAAGUUACUCUACGCUUGUGGUCUAACAAAGAUCGUUAUGAACGUGCAUUGAGGGCGCUAGUCGGUCUUUGUUUUGGCCAAAUUUAUAUUGCCAAGACACAUUUGGCGAUAGUUCCCUCAUAUAACUCUAUUCCUAACGAUCUUGGUCAGACUCUAUUUCGAAUGUAAGAUUUUGUCGGCCGCCAGUAUGUAGCUAGUGGAGGCCGACAUAGUUUCCAGGCAUAGUUGCAAACUUGGGCUUUGUCUAUGAGCAAUGGGCAUGUUUGCCACAGUGGAUUAAUACCGCGUAUACCAUAAAGCAUACUUCCAUAGGUAUUGUACGAAUCUCUUAUUUAUUAUUAUAAUAAUAUGAUACAACUAUUACUGUUUUUAUGUUUUUGUUGUAUAACAUUUUGUCAUAAUCAGUAUAACACUUACAUACUUUCUUACAAUACGAUUUUUAAAUGCGCAAUUUAUUUAUGAAUUUAAUUUAAAAUAAUUCGUAUUAGACGCAUGCGUAUGCGCCUGUUGGCAAGCAUUUUGUACUUAUCGUUGUAAAAGCUAUUGCGUUAUUUAUGUAAUUUUAUUUUAAUGAAGUCUACACCCAGUCUGUAUUCUGAAGUAAAUUAUAAUAUCUAGAAAUAAAAUUGAUUUCUACCUAAACCAAUAUUGUAUGUAUUAAUGGUAGCAAUUUUUAAUUUUUACUGUUGGUUUAUUAAAUGAACUGAUUGUUUUUUUAUUACUGUACAUACUGCAUUGUGCUAAUAAAUUAUUAUUGAUAUAAUUUAAUUUUAAGAUUGAACAGGAUUCAGAACGCUGUUUUGUGUUCCUCUUUGUUGUUAUUUUGUUCCUGACUUAAAUAUUAAUUAUUUGGAUGUGUGUCCUAUUUCAUUUGUAUGUUUUUAUUAUAAAUGCAUUUUGUAUUUGGGAAGUGAUUUUUCUGUAAAUAUUGUAAAUAAAUAGUUAUAGAACACUUGUUUUAUAAUGUGAUGGACAUCUCACAUUGUAGUCUGUAAAUAAAUGAGAAUGAAUUAGA